AUGUUCUCUAUGAAGCGCGCCGAGCAGAUUCAGCUUCCGCCGACACCAUACGUUUUGGAUCCGAGCGGAAAGUACGAAGGCAACGACGGAAGUUGGUCGACAUUCUUCAUCAAUAUCGGCGACGAUGGCAAAAACAACAGUAACGGUCAAAAUUUUAGGGUGCUCAUAUCCACAUCUUCGCCGGCCACCCUAGUACCACAACAGACCGACUGGUGUGAUCAGCCCAACCUUGAAGACUGCGCAGCGAGUCGCGGUAUCAUGCCAUUUGGCGGCGGUCAAUCUUUGGGCUUCGAUGGAUCAAAAUCUAAUCAAUGGAAGACCGCAGGAACAUACACCAUUCCUGUGCCCCCAUGGUUCAACACAAGCGCACUGGAGGGAGAUCCAGCCGCGGUAUGGGGAGUGGAUAAUGUGGGCUUGGGUGAAAGCUCACCACAAAGUCUCAUGCUGUCGGAACAGUACGUCGUGACAUAUACAGUUCCGAACUUCUUCAUGGGUUCGCUGGGACUAGCUGUGGGUUCUACCGGUCCGCCAAGCGCACUCAAGCCAAACUUCAUUGACAAUAUCUACGGAAGCGCGCACAAGAUCGCUAGUCGCUCGUUUGGAUACACGGCUGGCGCCUACUAUCGCAAUAACCACGGAGUACUUGGGAGCUUGGUGUUGGGUGGUUAUGAUAAAGCGCGGUUGUCUGAGCAAGGCGUCUCAAUCGAUAUGCCCAGUCGGCAGGACACCACGCUUGCUGUUGGUGUCAAUUCCAUCACCUACAGGCCAGAUCAGAAUGCCGAAGCCGAUACGAAAUCUUUCACGACUCAAGGGUUCCCAGCUGUCAUCGAUUCCAGCUUCCCAUACCUUGUUUUGCCUGAUGAAGUUUGCGAUAAGUUCAUCGACGAAUUCGGUCUGGAACUCGAUGACUUCAGCCAACUGUUCACUGUCAAUGACACAUCACACCAGCAAAACCUACGAAUGAAGGCGACUGUAUCCUUCAAAAUCAGCGCCAGUGCCGAUACUGACAGCGCAAAGUUUGCAUCCAUCGUUCUACCAUACUCGGCCUUGGAUCAACAAGCCAGCUUCCCAUUCUUCACCAAUCAGACGCGAUAUCUUCCUAUAAAGCGAGCAGGAGACGGACAAUCUGUCUUGGGACGCACGCUAUUGCAGGAAGCGUAUCUUGUUGUUGACUAUGAACACCAGAACUUCACCAUCGCUCCAGCCAUAUUCUCUGACCCGAUGCCAAACCCGAGCCUUGUCACUAUCUUCGACAAGUCCUAUACUGGGUUACCAGCACCAUCAGAUUCUGAACCUGCAGGCGGUCUUUCCGCUGGUGCGAUAGCGGGAAUUGUCGUUGGUAUCGUUGGCGCCUUCGUUAUAGUCGCAAUUGGCGUCUUUUUCUUGUGGAGGAAACGACGGGCCGCAAAGAAAACUGAGGAAAACAUCGAGAAGCCUUCUGAGAUCGACACGACCUAUGCGGGUACUGAGAUCAAGUAUCGCCGUAUCUCAGAGCUCACUGGCUCCGAAACCUUGCAUUCACCGAAAGAUUCUACGGCAGGCUACUACAACGCCGACCAUAAGACUAUCCCUCCCAUUAGCGAAUUGUCACCCGAGAGUACUCCUGCCGAGCUCUACAGUCCGCCCGAAGGCCGCGAUACUGUCGACUAUUUUGCAGCCGGUGGGAUGCGACGGCACGGUGCGACGAGGGAUCGCGAUUCAUCCGGCAACAACACACCGCGCACGCCGAUCGCAGAACUCCCUGGUGAAGAUGUGAUAAGCUCGAUCCCUGACAAAAGCCAAGAUCCAAAGCCGUUCCAGAAACCUCCGCACAGCCGAAGUCCCAGUGACAACUCACUUUCCACCAACAUCGACGAAGUGUUGGCGAAGAAGAAUGUGUCAGAAACGGGACCAGUUGCUGAUGUGACCGAAUCAGCAACGGAGCCUGGCGCGCCGGCUACUGCGGAAGAGAUCACUAGGACAAAAGCAGGGGCACAACCUGGAGAAACUGAAGAUGCGGAAGAGUCUACAAUGCAGCGACGGCCGUCUCACACUAGAGGACUGAGCGACGUGACCAUCCAAAGCGACAGUACAGCGGUCUCGCAGCCCACGCCCGAAGAGCUAGAGCAUUGGGCGAGAAGUGCAGACGACCCAAGUCGACCAAUGUCUCCGCCAUGA